AUGAGCUGUCACUUCCCUCCCGAAGCUACCCUCCAAGAAGCGAUACUAAUACUGUGGUGCCAAACAAAAGAGUUGUGCCGGUCAAUAUGGCACCGUAUUUUACACAUUGCUAUAAGACCUUUGCAACAGCGAAAGCAGUUGCGAAUACGAACGAGCACCUUGGGGUCACUCCCGGAGCUGGAAGAGGUGGCAAAACCCAUUAGCGAGUCAUUGUCGUCCUCUGCGCAGCCGCAGUUUAACAACGAUAUCUUUGACUCCGUAGGAGAAGAGAAAAAAGAGUACGCUUCUUUGGAAUCGUUAGAUGCUAUCGUUUCCGAGAUUGCGUCGUCACAAUCCUCCCGAGAGCCUUUGGGAGCUGCAAAGGACGGCAAUGGGCUUCCCCACCAUCCGAUCGACUGGAGCAACCAGGAACUCGAACCUGCUUUUUUGAACGAUAGCGAUUACCCGCCAGGAUGGAUGGUAUAUCACUCGCUCCUAGGAGUAGUAGCAAAAAAUGAGGCUGAGGAAUAUGAGCGGCGGUUGUCGAAAAAUCCAACGCCGGAGGUGCAGGAGGAAGGGGCGAACGAGUUGAGUCAUGGCGCUAGCCCAGCUUUUCUCAAGGUGGAGGGUGACUGCGAAGACUAUACACCAAGGAUAUCGGAAGCCUGA